AUGAGCGCCAGUAACGCCAUAGGGGAACUGGUCGGGAAAGCGCGGACUAGUGAAAACGAGGCCAAAAUUGACGCGAUUACGAAACUUCAGCAGGCAUUUGAAGCAGAUGAAGAGAUCAAUGAUGUGGACACUGUAAUUUCUACUCUCAAGACCAGUCUGCGCACUCCCAAUCAGCAUCUCACGACUGCCACACUCAAUGCCAUCAACGCAUUGGUGCUUCGCAUUUUCCCCCUUCGUCAGCCACCCUCAAGUCCCUCUGGAAGUAGCAUAGCUUCCGACGCAUCUGUUGACUCCCACAUUACGAACAAUCUUCGGCAGGCGCUCGUAGUUUUCCUACCAACCCCUGGUAUCAUUGAUCGUCUUGGAGAGGCUAGAGAAGCGUCACGCAAAGCGGCAAAACAGGCUCUUGUUUCCCUUGGCCUUGCUGCGGUCACCUACGGUGACCUCGCACCCAGAAAGUCUGUCCAGAAAGGGCGUCCAUCAGAGACUCCUGUCGUCAUUUUUGAGUCUUACUUCAAAGAGGUUGGGUUUGGGAGCAAAGUUGCUAGAGUUAGACAACAGUCCCUCCUGACUCUGGUUCAAUUACGCCAAGAUAAUCAUCAAUUCCCUAUGCGUCCAUAUCUCACUUCAAUAGUCAAUCUGUUGGAAGAUUCCGAUGGAUCUGUGCGAGAUUCUGCUCGCCAAUCAACUAUCACCUUAUUUUCAGCGGCUUCCGAAGGUGCCCGUACAGACUUGAAAAGGGAAAUGACAAAGAGGGGAGUAAGGAAAACCAUUGUUGAUGGUAUUCUGUUCGGGCUCUUGUCGAGCAGUACCAACCCGGGCAGUUUCACUCCUACCGGAAGCAGCCGCAGCCAGAGCGAAUUUUCUGGGAGCGAAGUAGGUGCCGAGAGAACUCCAAUCACAGCUUCGGUGUCGACGUUUGUUUCUUCUGUUACCACCAUCCCCCGGCCCCUACUCCCGUAUCAAGGUCUCUCAAGAGAAUUACUCAGAAGCGGCGCCGAGACUCCCAUUGGUGACGAAUUGAUACCACCUACAACCUUUGUAAUCACUCCCGUGUUCAUCGCCUCCGCCCGAGAUCUUGAAGAUGAAUUCGCGAAGAUGGCAUCUCAUUUUGAGGGUAAAGAGACAGAGCACAAUUGGGCGUCCCGAGAUCAUUCCAUUAACAGGAUACGAGGCAUGAUCAAGGGCGAUGCUCAUCUGAAAUACGAAACUACUUUUUUGUCGUGCCUUCGUGGAGGGAUGCUAGAAAACUCGUUCAAGACUGUAGCCAGUUUGCGAACAACGGUAGCAUCGAACACGUGCCACCUGUAUAACGAACUUUCUGCAGCCUUUGGGCCGUUAUUUGACCCAUUUGUGGAUUCUGUACUGAAGCAGCUCUUAAAGAUGUCCGGCUUUACGAAGAAGAUCAUCGCCAAAGAAUCCCAAGCUUCAGUUAAUGCCAUCAUUGCGCAUACCUCCGCCCAGCCGCGUAUCGUAUUGCCACUGUUACACUCUUUUGCUCAGGACAAGAAUGUUCAGACCCGACAGUAUGUGAUUGGCCAUAUCAAACACUACAUUGAAGUCCACGGCCAACCAACCCAGACUGCAAUCGAGUCUCACGGUGGUUUGGAGCUCUUAGACGGCCUGAUUCGUAAGGGCCUCCAGGACGUUAAUCCUAGUGUCAAAGCGACUGCACGGGAAGCAUUCUGGUCAUUUGACUCUGUGUGGCACUCCCAAGCAUGGUCCAUCCUUAGUACCAUGGAUCCUCAAGGCCGCAAGCAGUUAGAAAAAGCUAAUCCGAAUCCCGAUUCACGGACUCCCACUCUUGAACACACACCUAUACCUCCGAAGAAGUCCUCAGUCGCCGCUGCAAUAGCAGCCAGCAAGGCUAAAGCCAAAGCCAUAGCCUCGGCACCUCCUACUCUCCGCCAUGCAGCCACAUCAAAUGCUACUUCAGCCUCCCACAAAACUGUUUCGCCUUCCACCUCUGGCUCAACCCCGCUCUUGCGCCGUGCUGCCACUCCGACACGUACUUCCCCUGGCCCGCCGUCUCUUCUGCGGCGACAAAGUGCGUCCCCAAUCCCUCCAAGCGCGAAACCGAGCCCGCCAUCAUCUCGUCCCGUGCCAGUGGUACUUACACCCCCUCCAAACACCAAUUCCCAGCGCCGUAUCUGUACAAGUCCUUCUCCACCUACCUCGCCUACUUCAGAACUAACAAUGCGCCGGCGUGCUGUGUCACCGCUUGCGGGCACCAUGUCGCCCCCAAGAUCUCCCCCAAACCGAUCUCUCCAUAUUACUCCACCCGUCACGCCCCAAAACUUUAUUCAACAUCUACUGCCUCCCGGCCGCAGGACCCGAGUACUAUCAACUCCCCUCUCUCGUUUGCAGGGAGCCAAUGUCCCCCGUGACUCGAUCGACAUGUUGGCCAACAUCGAAAAUGACGAUUCCUUACUGAUGGCCAUUCAAAAUCCCCUGCCUCAAGACUCGGAUUCCGAUCCCGAAGAUGUCAGAGCAACGGAGACAGAGACACGCCCACGAACUUCACCCGAGGAACCAUCACGUCCGGAUACCGCCACCGAUUUGACAUGCUCGCCCGCUGAGUCCACCUCCCCUACGCUGUAUCCCGGUGACUCGGUCAGCCAAUCGGCGAGUAUCACGCUUCCACCUGCUGUUGGCACUCCAACCCACGAUGUUAUGAUGGAGGAUGCGAUACGUGCUACCGCGGAGCAAGCAGAAAGCUCUGCUGACCGCCUGAACGAGCUGAUGGAUGAUGCACCAAGCAUGCCCCUUGUGCCACCUCGCUUACUUCCAGGUCCUCCAGCCUCUCCUGAAUUGCGCCGAACCCAAUCAGGCAGUACCCAGAAACCACCAGUAACCCCUGCACCACGUCAAGCGGAUGGGAAAGGGAAGUUAAUGUCACUGUUCCAGGACAGUCCCGCAGUUAAAGGGCCCCCAUCCAUCAUGGACCGACUUUACGAGAAAAAGCAUGAGUCUGGCUGGUGGCUUAAACGAAAGUCAUCUGACCAGAGCACCCAUGAGCAAGAGCUUAGGUCGCACAUUAAAGCUCUGGUCGACAGCACAGCGAAUGUCCGAACAUUGCAGAAAUUAACCCUUCUUUGCAAUGCCCAUCCAGCCCUCGCACGGACGAGGGACACCUCAUCGCCACUUGUACGAUUCGUUACUAACACCAAAGACGUUGAAUUGAUCGAAUACGGGUUGUGUGUUUUCUUGGAGAUGGUGGAGAAUCAAGUUCAGUACAUUGAUGAAUCAAGACUAGUGUUGCUACUCUUUCAUGUUCGAAAUGCGAACACUCAUCCAAUACUGGAAGCCACAAAUACCAUCCGCGAUGCUCUGGUGUCAAGCCAGGAGCCAGUAUGGGGGCUCAAGAGCUUCCAUGGUUGCCUUCUGGCAUAUCUUGCCGAACCGCUCCCUUCUUGGUCGCCACCCGGGGUCGCAUCCAGUGUUCGAACCAGCUCGCAUGCAUUUGGAAUUAUCGGAAUAGGGAAACUUAUUCUUCGGCUACCUGCAGAGGUCCUAGAAGACGAGCUCCCUUUACUAAAGAGUACAUUGUUGUCGGUCCUGGAUUCGGGAGAUCCGUCCAGUACCAUCGUCAGAGAAUCCGCGUAUGCCACAAUCGUCGCUGCUCAGUCCAUUCUGAGAAAGGAGGUCAAACUCUUCUGUUUGCUUGAUGGGAUUGAAAUCUCCAAGAAGAACCUGCUCACUUACUACUUUGACAAGCACGGGGUCCGGGGACCCAUUGAGGGUGUUCCUGCCUCGGAACGCGCCGAGGAGAGCGGAGUCGACGAGAAGGUGGUAAGGGAGUUGUUACGGUUGGACAACAAGACCAACACCCCGGUGAAGAGUAGUUAA